AUGGUGCGGAAGCUGAAGUACCAUGAGCAGAAGCUGCUGCGGCGGCUGGAGCUGGUGAACUGGGAGGCUUCGGGGGGGAACCUGGCCGAGGUGAAGGCGCUGCGGCGGUACCGAGUGGGCCGGCGGGAGGAUUACGUGUUGUACAAGUCGCUGGCCCGCACCGUCCGCACCUUAACCCGCCGCCUCCGCGACCUGGGACCGUCCAGCGCCGCCUUCCGUACCCGCUGCGCCGCCGCGCUGCUGGAGAAGCUCUACGGCCUGGGUCUAGUGAGCUCCCGGCGGUCGCUGGCUGUCUGUGAGAGCCUCUCGGCCUCCGCCUUCUGCCGCCGACGCCUGCCUUGCCUGCUGGUGAAGCUGCGGAUGGCGCAGAACCUGCGCCACGCCGUCACCUUUGUGGAGCAGGGGCACGUCCGCGUGGGGCCCGAGGUGGUGACCGACCCCGCUCUCCUCGUCCCCCGCGCUGUGGAGGACUUCAUCACGUGGGUGGACGCCUCUCGCCUUCGGCAGAAGGUGCUCGACUACAACCAGGAACGGGACGACUUCGACCUGGCUGCCUAAGGACGAGCUGUCUGGUCUGCCUCUGCUGCCCCUACUCAGCUCUGCCCCAUGGG